AUGCAUCUAAUCAGAGAGCUUCUACUUGCAGGUGAGGAAAUUGCAAGAAGCAACAGCAGAGAAAGGAAUGGAAAAUGCUACAGCUACGUAUGUGACAGCACUUGCAAGAGACCAACCCGAACUGAGAAAACAUGUGAACAUGUACCACCACCAGCAGAACCAACCACUCCACCCACAGAAACAGUGUGUGCCUGUCAUCACCAAGGAAAAGCAUAUAGGGCAGGUGAGGAAAUAGCAAGAAGUGACAGCAGAGAGAAGGAUGGAAAAUGCUACCGCUAUGUAUGUGACAGCACUUGCAAGAAAACAAAGCGAAUUGAGAAAGCAUGUGAACCACCAACAAAAAUAACCACUCCACCCACAAUCAAAGAAUGUGCCUGUCAUCACGAAGGAAGAGCCUAUCUGCCAGGUGAGGAAAUUGCAAGAAGCAACAGCAGAGAAAGGGAUGGAAAAUGCUACAGCUACGUAUGUGACAGCACUUGCAAGAGACCAACCCGAACUGAGAAAACAUGUGAACAUGUACCACCACCAGCAGAACCAACCACUCCACCCACAGAAACAGUGUGUGCCUGUCAUCACCAAGGAAAAGCAUAUAGGGCAGGUGAGGAAAUAGCAAGAAGUGACAGCAGAGAGAAGGAUGGAAAAUGCUACCGCUAUGUAUGUGACAGCACUUGCAAGAAAACAAAGCGAAUUGAGAAAGCAUGUGAACCACCAACAAAAAUAACCACUCCACCCACAAUCAAAGAAUGUGCCUGUCAUCACGAAGGAAGAGCCUAUCUGCCAGGUGAGGAAAUUGCAAGAAGCAACAGCAGAGAAAGGGAUGGAAAAUGCUACAGCUACGUAUGUGACAGCACUUGCAAGAGACCAACCCGAACUGAGAAAACAUGUGAACAUGUACCACCACCAGCAGAACCAACCACUCCACCCACAGAAACAGUGUGUGCCUGUCAUCACCAAGGAAAAGCAUAUAGGGCAGGUGAGGAAAUAGCAAGAAGUGACAGCAGAGAGAAGGAUGGAAAAUGCUACCGCUAUGUAUGUGACAGCACUUGCAAGAAAACAAAGCGAAUUGAGAAAGCAUGUGAACCACCAAGUAAGUACUUACCACUAAACAAGAGACAAGUUAACACAGAGGGAGAUUUCAAGAUACUCAUAUAGCAGGGCUCAGAAGAAAUGAUUAAAUGGGCAGUAUUUGAGAGGGAGAAUAUUCAUAUUCCCCUUCACCUAGGUUUAUUAAAAAGGAGAAAGGUUGAUUUUAUUUAGCACCAAACAUGAUUUCAUAUGCUGUUAGCCUGUUAGCAAUGUCUGUUGCAUUUCUCAUUUAUUCUAACAGCAAAAAUAACCAC